AUGAACGUCGACACAAUUCCUGAUUUCCUUGCGGAGCAGCGCGAUGAGGCACCCGAAGAGCUUCAGCACCUUGUUCUGGAGUUUGAGAAUUACUGGGAGCGAAAACUUUGGCACCAGCUUACCGAUGCCCUUGGCCAGUUCUUUAGCCACCCAGGCAGCAAGCCGCAGCGGCUCUCCUUCUACAAGGUCUUCAUUCUUAAGUUCGCGGACAAAAUCAACCAGCUGAAGCUUGUCGACCUGGCCUUGAAGGCUGCUACAGAAUGCAAAGAUGACGAAGAACGCCUUACGUUCCUCCAAGGUGUUGCGAAGAAGGUCGAUAACGAGAACUCACAAGAUGCCUUGGUAUAUGCAUCUGUUGCUGUUGCUAGAGUAAAGCUGAACCUCGAGGAUAUGGAUGGCGCCAGGAAGGAUCUCGACUCGGCCGAGAGAAUACUGGACAAUUUCGACUCGGUCGAGACUAUUGUCCAUGCUGCCUUCUAUGACGCGAAUGCCAACUAUUACCAGCGCAAAAUGGAUUUUGCAGCUUACUAUCGCAACGCUCUUCUCUAUCUUGCCUGCAUCGAUAUCAACUCUCUCACAGCCCAGGAGCGCCACAGACGGGCACUUCACCUCAGCAUCGCCGCAUUGGUGUCUGAUACCAUUUACAAUUUUGGCGAGCUGCUUCUGCACCCCAUUCUCGAUGCCCUUAAGGACACCCAAGACUCAUGGUUCCGCGACCUGCUUUUCGCCUUCAACCGAGGCGAUCUCCAGGGUUUUGAGGCACUCUCCAGCCGUAUGCGUUCCAAGGAGCUCCUAAACGAGAAUGCUGGUCACCUGCGACAGAAAAUCUAUCUCGCUGCCCUGACGGAGGCUGUCUUUCGUCGCCCCCCUCACGAUCGCGCCAUGUCCUUCAGUACCAUCGCUCAGGAGACCAAGGUUCGACCAGACGAGAUUGAACACCUGAUCAUGAAGGCGUUGAGCUUAGGCCUUCUGCGUGGAAACAUUGACCAGGUGGAUGAGGUGGCGCAUAUCACCUGGGUCCAGCCCAAGGUACUGGACAUGAAGCAGAUUGCCAACAUGCGCCAGCGCCUGCUCGAUUGGGACUCGAGCGUUAACCAGCUUGGGAACUGGAUUGAGACUGCAGGAGGCGACGUUUGGGCUGCUUAA